CCAGCUCUCCUCUCUCUGGCAAACCAGCGCCAGAGCCCCCCAUCACCAUGGCAACCAAAAAAAACAAUCCAUAAAACCAUUGAUCACUAUCCAUGACGACUUAUAUGGCUCCUACACAGAUAGAAUAAUGAUUAAACAUCUCGUUCUGGCAAACAACCAGCUGUUUGCACGCUACUUUUGUUCUGAAGUGUUAACACUCUCCUUCCGCUUCCGGUCUGCCAGCCGUCACUAUCUCGAAUAAGAAACAAAAAAACGAAACAAGGAAUUUGCAAAAACCAAAUUUCGGCCGUUAUUUGAUUUGGAUCUUUUCGUUUUUUCGUUUUAUUGGGCCGAAAGCAAAAACCGUUUUUCCGUUUUUGGUUUAAAACGAAAAAAAGAAAAGGGGGCGCUGUUUCUGUUAUUUCGUUUUUUGGUUUUGUCAGAAAAACGGAUUAUACUUUGAUACCCGGACCGAGGGAGGGGGCAGAGAAGCGAACAGCUCAAGAAAGAAGAAAAGGUUUUUGCCUCCAGAGGAAGUAUUUGUAAAGGGGUCUCGUAGCGGGAGGAAGCGAGUAAGGAGCUAGGCUCUUCUAUGGCUCAGUCGGCUACUAACGGUGUGGAGCAGGAUCUGGCCAGCAAGAGACUGCACUCAAGGAUGGAGGCCUCAUGCUUGGAGUUGGCCUUGGAAGGAGAGCGGCUGUGCAAAGCCGGGGAUUUUAAAGGGGGAACAGCCUUUUUUGAAGCUGCCGUGCAGGUCGGCACGGAAGACCUGAAGACUCUCAGUGCCAUCUACAGCCAGCUGGGCAAUGCCUACUUUUACCUCAAGGAGUAUGGGAAAGCCCUGGAGUACCACAAACAUGACCUUACCUUGGCAAGAACCAUAGGAGACCGAAUUGGAGAAGGAAAAGCAAGUGGUAACCUUGGUAACACACUGAAAGUGUUGGGUCGCUUUGAUGAGGCUGUUGUCUGCUGCCAAAGACAUCUGGAUAUUUCUCAAGAGCAAGGUGACAAGGUUGGAGAGGCCAGAGCUCUUUAUAACAUCGGGAACGUAUUUCACGCUAAAGGCAAACAGCAGCUGUGGGGCUGCACCCAGGAACCAGGGGACCUGCCUCCUGAUGUCAGAGAGACGUUGCAAAGAGCUACUGGCUUUUACGAGAUGAACCUGUGUUUGGUCAAAGAGCUCGGUGACAGAGCUGCUCAGGGGCGGGCCUACGGGAACCUUGGCAACACCCACUACCUACUGGGUAACUUUGUCGAAGCGAUCAAGUUUCACCGUCAGCGAUUAUCCAUUGCCAAAGAAUUUGGGGACAAAGCAGCUGAACGGCGAGCCUACAGUAACCUUGGCAAUGCCCUGAUAUUCCUGGGACAGUUCAACACAGCCACAGAUUACUACAGAAAAACACUGCAGCUCUCCAGACAGUUGAGGGACCAGGUGGUGGAGGCUCAGGCCUGUUACAGCCUGGGAAACACCUACACUCUUCUGCAGCAGUACGAGAGGGCCAUAGACUAUCAUCUGAAACACCUGUACAUAGCUCAAGAGCUCACUGACAGGGUUGGUGAGGGUCGUGCCUGCUGGAGUCUUGGAAAUGCGUAUGUAUCUUUAGGGAACCAUAAACAAGCUCUCCACUAUGCUCGUAAGCACUUGGAAAUCUCCAAAGAGAUUGGAGACAGAAAUGGGGAACUGACAGCCAGAAUGAAUGUGGAGCAGCUGAUGGAGGUCCUGGGAGUCAAUGAGAGUGAUCUUUCACCCUCCAGUUCAGAGUUUGAGAUGCAAGGAGCAAGGCCUAAAAUCACAAAGAGAAACAGCAUGGACAGUGUAGAACUGUGGAAGUACUCUUCAGAUAAGAAUGGUGACAAUCAAAGCUUAGAAAGUAUACCAAGGAAAUCCAAGAGUCAGCUGUCGCAGCCUGGUAAAAGAAAAGGUUACUCUGACAGUCAGUCAUCGGAUGAAAGGCCCUGGUUGGACUCUCCUGUUGACACUGAUGACAUCACUGUGCAAGUCCCGCCUCCAGUGCCUAAGCUGGGCCGUGACCCCUCCGAUGAAGACUGCUUCUUUGACCUCCUCAGCAAGUUCCAGAGCAGCCGCAUGGAUGACCAGCGCUGCCAUCUUGAUGACCAGCAGAACGGAGACAAUGGAGAAGGCGCUACGAACACACCGAACUUGAACGAGAUGAUAGAUCCUGCAAUUACCACUUCACCCCAGACAGAGGAACUGUUUGAUUUGAUUGCUAGUUCUCAGAGCCGUCGUCUUGAUGAUCAGCGUGUUAAUGUUGGUAACCUCCCAGGUCUUAGGAUUACCCAUAACAACCUGGGACAUCUGGUUGGGGAAGGAGAUCAUCAAGAGCCCAGCGAUGACUUCUUCAAUAUGCUUAUAAAGUGCCAGUCCUCAAGGAUUGAUGACCAGCGGUGCUCCCCACCAGAAGCAGGUCCUCAUGCUCCUACAGUGCCUGACGAAGACUUCUUCAGUCUAAUACAGAGAGUGCAGGCCAAGCGUAUGGAUGAGCAGCGCGUCCAGUUGCCCUCAGAUGACCAGGCCAGCCCUCAGUCCCCUGAUCCAGAACCCCCUGGUGGCUUUUCCAGCUAGAACUUUAUGAAUAAAUUCUCAAAACUUCAUGUCAAAGAAAAGAAUAGCAAAAGAAGCGGAAAAAGAGAGAGAGAAAAAAAAAAGAAAAAAGAUGAGCUCAUAUUGAAAGAGAGCACUGAAGGGUGAACCAACAAGAUUUCUAAUAAUGAGAUCAAUUCUAUGUGCAAUAGGUGGUGCCCUGUUAAAUGUUGCUUGACGUGUUAUUUACUAAAUAAGUGUAAAUGUAUUGGGACAACAACUGCAACUGGAUGAUGGAGCGAGGGAUUGGUGUUUGAGAUGACUUAACAACAGAGAUAUAGUAUAUAUACUCAAUCUAAUGCCUUAAUCAGAAUGACCCAUUUCAGACCCAAGAUUGUAUUCCCCAGCGUUAGAUGGUGGGCAUACAGUAUGAUACGGACAGUUAAGGUAAAACAUAUUUCUUUUUAUAGAAACAGUAUUGUUUAAAGUGACAAGUGGUCACUGAAGUUUCAUAACACAAAUAUUUCUGUUCAUUUUAGACAAAUUUAUUUCACUAAUGCCCCGAUCAAAGUUGCUUUUCAUUUUUUAUGAUUCCUACUAAUAGAAGAGUGUUAUUUGUUCAGUAACAGUAUUGAGGUUGGCCCUCCAGUGCUGAUCAAAACUGCUUUCACUAAUGGAUAACCAGACUGCUUUUUUUCCCCUCCACUUUAACGUUUUUGUUUAAAUUAAAAAUAUCAUUUAUCACAUAAAUGUUAUUUUUAUGCAGUUAAAAAAAAUCUUUUAACAUAUGCAGUAAUUAAGAGUACUGAGCAAAAGAUGUGGAAUAGCUGUUUAUUUUAUAGAUGUGCGGUAAUUUAUGCUUAAUGUUUCUGCCUGGCUUUUAAAGUAAUGCUUUCAGCUGCCUAUUUAAACAUCUGACAGCAAACUGCUGCUUACUGCUGUUAACUUUUGACAUUAAAGCUGACCGAUAAGACAGACAUGUCAUAGUUUUGAACGCCAUAACUCUAAGCUGUGUUGUUUUAUACUGCCUCUCUGUGGCCAGAACUUUUAUUACCUCUGUGAAAUUACAGGUUUCUGUCUGUUGAAACAUUUUCUCUUGUUUUGUUCAUUUGUACCGUAAAUGUGGAGAUUUUUGCAAACCAUUUCAUAAAGAUUCAUAAAGCUUUAUCAAAAUCACAUAGAUCCACAUGUGAUUUCCACGAUUUCUGUUGCUGUUACAAAAUUAGCAAGACGUACAAACUGCAGUUAGAAAGCUUAAACUGGUGAAGAGCUUGAGAAAUAUUCACUGCACAGAACAUUUAUUUCAUGGAAAAAAAUACGGUACUAAAACUAUUUGACAUUGAGGCUAACUUUUUAUUCAGAAAUAGUGCAUACCUCAUUUGUAUCUCAAAGCUUAUUUGAACUUAGAGAUAUUGAUAUGUGAACCAGGUGGAUCUUGUCAUUUCUGAUUCAUCCUUCUUUGAUAAUCAACACAUUGGGAGCUACAGUUAAUAUAUAACUUUUCUGUCUUUUUUUGUGAAUUAACUUUUAGAAAAUGCCUGGUACGCUUCUAAUUGUUUUUGCCAUAAUUUGUACAUAUAAAUAUAUUUUGUAUUUAUGUUUCUUUUGAGGACAUGAAAAUGUUCCUUCAUGCUUUUAAUAAAAUGUUUCAGAUGUU